AUCUCGGGGAGACAAAGUUUAGUGCCGCUGGUGCAUUGAUUCGUGGUGCUGCCGAGUCUCCCGGCAUACACACUCAAGACGUCAUUGUGCAAUAUUUCCACUUUUCUUCUGUGACGACGAAAAUAAUACAACAAAACAUCUUAAGCUAAGGUCUAGCUGGAGUUGACGUCGACCAAGCAUGUGGAGACUCGGGAGAUAUUAUUGUUGAGCCAUUCCCCUCUGUAUCUCGAGGAACCUUUUGGGCAUCGACUUUGAAGACGUUCAUUUAAACAAUCGCGGGUUGUUGGAGGAAUAGGGGCACCAUCCGCAAUUAUGCUAUUCUCACGGGUUCUUCCUUAUGGCUGCUUCUUUGCUCUUGCGGCAAAUGCGCAAUCGAGCUCGAGUUCUAGUUCCAGUUCCGAUGUGAAUGGGGAUGUGACAGUAUUGUCUGGUGUGUCAGAGGCGGCUACUCCAACUGGAGAUUAUAUCAGUUAUAGCUCAACGUUGACCGAGUCUACUGCCUCUUCCUCGCGGAGUUCUUCUGCUAUCAGUACAGAAGCUGUUGUUAGCAAAGUAACAAGCGGAGGAUCAACUAGGACGACUACUUUAGGAUCAACAACAUUAUUUGAAUUUGCAUCAUUAAUGGCCAGCAACACCUCAGGAACUCAAUCCACUUCCACCAACUCACAAAUCCUCCUUUCAGGCCGACCAAGUUCCACAACCUCCCUCAAUGGAACAUCCAACUCAACCGCAUCAUCUACGUCCUCCUCCGUCGAACCCACCAACACCACACCUUGCAACAACUAUCCCGAAUUCUGUGAGCGAAAGUACGGCAACAUAACCGAAGUCUCAGCACACAACUCUCCCUUCGUGAAAGUCGACAAUGCAGCCGCCAACCAAGAACUACCCGUAACCACACAACUAAACGACGGCAUCCGAUUACUUCAAGCACAGAUGCAAUGGGCGAACAACACUCCCCAUUUCUGCCACACCUCCUGCGACGUCCUCGACGCCGGUCCCAUCCAAGACUACCUGACCACCGUCACAACCUGGGUAGAAUCGCACCCCUACGACGUGGUCACCAUCCUCCUCGGAAACGGCAACUACUCCAACGUCGAACUCUACACGCCCUACAUCGAAAUGUCCGGCAUCCAAAACUACGCUUACGUCCCGCCCAAGAUCCCCAUGGGUAUCAACGAUUGGCCCACCCUCGCAUCCAUGAUCCUAACCGGCAAACGAGUCGUAAUCUUCAUGGACUACCAAGCGAACCAAACAGCCGUUCCCUGGAUCCUAGAUGAGUUCUCCCAGAUGUGGGAGACGCCUUUUGAUCCCACGAACCGGUCGUUUCCAUGUGAUGCUCAACGCCCACCCGAUCUAUCUACCGCAGACGCAAAAGAUCGACUAUAUAUGACAAACCACAACCUCAACUACGAAAUCUCCCUGCUAGGCAACUCCCUCCUGGUCCCCAACCGCCCGCUCCUAAACGUAACCAACAACGCCAGCACCAUCCAAUUCGGGUCCCUAGGCCUGAACGCCGACUCCUGCAACAACACGUGGGAUUACCCGCCUAAGUUUUUGAAUGUGGAUUACUAUAAUGUGGGUAAUGGGACGGUGUUUGAGGUUCAGGCCAGGAUGAAUAAUGUUACUUAUAAUAGACAGUGUUGUGGGUUAGUGACGAGUGCGGGGACGAGUUUGAAUGAGGUUGUGGGGAGGAGUUUCUUUGUUGUAGGGGUUUGUGUUGUUAGUGUUGCUUGGUUGUUGAUGUGAUUGAUUGUUUCAGGGAUGGAGUAGAUGGUAGGCAGCAUUUGCGUGGCGUUCAGGAAAGGGGAUUGUAUAUAU